AUGGCGCCAAAGAAAGACCCCAAGAAGCGCCCCAGGAAGCCCCAGUUUGAGGUCGGGGAGCGGGUGUUGUGUUUUGAGGGGCCCCUGCUUUAUGAAGCGGAGUGUGUGAAAGUGUCCGUUAAGUACAGGAAGGUCAAGUACCUCGUUCACUACCCGGGAGGUAACGAGAAGGGCGCUGUGCGGACCCGGCUCUCCGAAAAGCUGGCCAAGAUGGAGGAAGCUGUUGCUGCUCCCUGCCCUGUUGGAGAUGGUGACACUGAUUACAAGGAGGACUACUGCCCUACUGCUGGCUGGGAUGACGAGUGGGUUCCUGAGAGCAGAAUUCUCAAGUAUUCCGAGACCAAUCUGCAGAAACAGAGAGAGCUUCUCAACAGCAAUGAGGAGCUAUCUGCAGAUGAGAAGGUGGGAGAGGACCUGGCUCCCGGGGAAAAGAAGAGCUCCGGGCGCAAGACCCCAACCUCGGAGCCCAAGACCCCAAGCUCAGAGUCCAAGACUGCGACCUCAGAGUCAGAGUCAGAGAGUCAGCAGUCGGAGGGGCAGCAGGAGAAGAACCUUGACAAAGAAGAAGCCUCUACAGCAUCAGGGCCCUCGGGGUCUUCAGCCAAAAAAAAGGAAAAGAAAAUGGCUGAAACUGGAGAAGGAAGCAGUUCCAGCGAAACAUCAACACCAUCUCGGCCCCAGCAUUCCAAGCGGAGAGCCCGUGUGUACUAUGAGGUAGAAAGGCGAUAUGUGAAAAAAACCGACAUUAAAGUGAACAUUCCCAAUGAACUGAAGCCGUGGCUGGUGGAGGAUUGGGAGCUGGUUGUCGGGCAAAAGCAAUUAUUUCACCUUCCGGCUCAGAAGAAUAUAGAUUCCAUUCUGGAUGACUACGAGGAGUACGAAAGGGCCCAAGGAAACUUGGCCAAGUCGUAUUCAGUCACCGAAGUGGUAGCUGGGAUAAAAGCUUAUUUCAAUGUAAUGUUGGGCCCUCAGCUGUUGUAUGAUUUUGAAAGGCCCCAGUAUGCUGAUAUCUUAGCUGAUGAUCCUGAUGCUCCUAUGUCCCAGAUUUAUGGAGCAUCCCAUCUCCUUCGAUUGUUUGUCAAAAUUGGUGAUAUGCUGUCCUAUACUGCACUGGAUGAGCAGAGUGUGGCAUUGUUGCUAAAUUAUCUUCAUGAUUUCCUGAAAUAUUUGGCAAAUCAUGCAGGAGCUCUGUUCAGUGCCAGUGAUUAUGAGGUUGCUCCCCCUGAGUAUUUACAAAAAGUUGCCUAAGAGUCUGAUAUUAUUUGUUAAAUUUUGAUCUCAGUGAACAUAAAUGUUAUAUUAUUAGUUCUCUUUACAAGAAGAAAAUGUUUAAUUUAUUCAGUGUUUAAUCUAAUUUAUGUUUGUUAAGUAUUUGUUCUGUUUAAAACAUAAAAAGGGUAAUGUUUCAGUCCCUUCUGUAAUUUUAGAGGUUCUGUUCCAGUCUAUGUAAUAGUGAUCUGUGUAGAAUGUUUCACUGUGUAGUUAACAAAGCUGCUUGUAUUCUGAUGGUUACAUUCUUAUGACAUUUUUAUGAUCUGUUUAAAUGGGAAGUGACAAAACAUCUUUAUUCCUAGUGCCAAAGUUUAAGUCAUUGCAUAUGGUUAAAAAUUCAUUAAUUUAUGCUAUUUUCCUGUUACCUUCUUUAUUUUUGAUCUUUAAAUUUGACUGUGAUUGUUGGAAAACAGUAUUUUUUGUUAAAGUUUUUGUAUUUUGCUUCUGAUGCACAUAACAGCAGAAAAAUGCAUUAUUGUAUAUCUGGUUUUCUGAGAAAGUAUACCUUUUAGGAACUGUUUUAAAGACUUAAAUAUAUCUAUUUUCAU